GUUGUGCGGUCCUGUUCCGACUAACUUUCAAAAUGGCGGCAUUCAUGUGGCUGAGGUGCAGGUGCGAGAGGUAAAUUCCUUGUUUGCGGGGCGGUUGUGUCCUGGGAAACCUAAUGACAGCAAACAUGGAUGCUGGAGAAAGGACUGUGUUCAACGGCAAAGCUGUCUCACCAGGAGAAACUCAAUGCUCCAAGCUGGAGCGGUUGGCCGAGAAAGAGUGGAGCGACGACAGGGACCGUCUGCUGUCCUUCUACGAGGAGAACCAGCGGCGGCUAGACGCCAUACCUUUCGGUGAGGUGGCCGCUCACAUGAGCCGCAUUGUGGCCGACUGUUUCCUGGGCUCUACGUGGAAGCUGCUUGCCUCCAGCUUAGGCAUCCCCGACACGCAGCUGGAGGGCAUUGAGGAGCGUGCCCGGCGGGUCAGCCUGCGUCCGCUUCAGGUGGCACUGCAGGAGCUCUAUCCGCGGCUGGACGCUUGCUGCCAGAGCAACAGCGUGGGACACCUGGUGGCAGUGCUCAGAGAGUCGGAGCGCUUGGACGUACUCUACAAGCUGCUUCCGCCAAUCAGAGACAAGCUGAAGGCCAAGAACCCGGAAAGGGACGGCUUGUUUGCGAACGGUGGGUCCUGGACACCCCAGAAGGGGCUCCGAGCAGACUCGUACCCAAGCCUGGACUCCGGAGUGGGACUGAGUCUUGGGGAAGAGACUGUCCCCGCGUGGGGCGCUGCACUGCCCAUCGCGCCCGUCGGGGAGAGAAGAGAGCUGCAUCUGCUUCCUUCUCUCGGCGAGGACCAAGUCCACAGGCCUCCGUCAGAUAUCCCAGACGGCAGCCUUGCGGGACUCCCAGAGGAUGAUGCGGAUAAGGACGAGGAUGAACCGUGCGUGUCUCUCCUGGACACGCUCCUACCAAAGGGUUCUGCCGACGGCGACGACGAUUGCCUGACGGUGCUUGUGAACCACCUGGAAGAAGACUGCGGGAUGGCGCGCGAGCUGGCCAGGAGGCUCGAGGAAGACCACGGCUGCCAGGUGCUCACCCAGGAACAGCUGCAGCCAGCACGGCACAUGGACCCCCUCCUCAUCGAGGAGUUGGUCGCCAAGGUGGACGCCAUUGUCCCCCUCGUCUCGUCCGCCUACCUGCGCCACCACCGCCAGAUCCGGCGCACGGGUCGGGUGCAGUCGGACGACAGCAGUGCCACGCACGAGCUCUACUGCCUGCUCCAGCAUCGCCUGGUGUCGAGCUCGUGCCUCUGCCACAUGAUCUUCCCCGCCAGGGCACCAGGCGUGAGCUACGGCCAGGUGCGGGGACACUUCAUCUUCUCCAAGUCCCUCCCGCUCUGGGGGGAUGUUCCACGGCUCGCUUUGCUCAUGCGGGACUGCAGACGCCUACGGAACAUCAGGCAGGAGCCAAUCUGAACUGUUCAAGACCCCCCCCCCCAGCAGUCAUUGCUGGGAGUUCGAAGAUAGGCACCGAAAAAACAAGGACGAGAAGAGACGUCAACACUGGCGCCAAUGUUCACGUCUCUUCUCAUCCUUGUUUUUUCGGCGCCUAUCUUCGAUCAUGAACCAACUGGCCCAAAUUGCCAUCUUAAUGGCUGGGAGGCCCUCCAUUCUUGGGAGACUUUGGAUUUUGCCGCUGCAUUACGUUGCCCGGAAUGUCUUCGAUCAUGAACCAACUGGCCCCAAUUGCCAUCUUAAUGGCUGGGAGGCCCUCCAUUCUUGGGAGACUUCGGAUUUUGCCGCUGCGUCACGUUGCCCGGAAUGCAUCUACAACUGGCAUGUUUAGCGUCCUAUUCCGCCCACGCAUCGAAACUAGUCUCGGUGUGGCGUCCAAUGACGUCACCUAGCGAAUGCUGGAGAGCAGGUCGCCCCCUCUCCAGUGUUCGCUCUGCUGAAGUGGAAAGAGAUGGGAGGAGCUUCCCCUCAAUUCUUAGCCUGUCUACCCGAGUGCUGUAUUUUCCGUGGGACCGCGUGCAGACAAGAACUGAUGUGUUUGAGUGGUUCUCAUUUGUUUUGUUUCAUCGACUGGCUUGGUGCCGCAGCUGCAGACCACGUUUGCUUUGUUAUCUUUGUCUUUUAGGAACUCAAAUUGUGUUUUAGGGCUAGGUUCGAAGCCUGGAGCAUAGCAGAAUGUAACAAAAAUACGAUAAUACAGCCAGUUGUCUUUAGAAAAGAUUGUGUCCCUCGGUGGAAAUCGAACCACGACUUCCUCUCUCUCGAUAAUCUGACCCCUCACUAGGGGAGCGAUUUGGUUAGCAUGGUUAUAGUCGGCACAUAGGUUACUGUGUUGCUGCAAAAAUUUUGUACCUCGAAUGGUGAGAGGAGCUAAAAACAUGCUGCACAUCCUGCGUCUGCCAACUUUAUCCUUAAAAUGAAGAUUUAUUUUUAUUUUUUUACUUUGUCCGACGAUGCAAUUUAUGAAGCAAUAUUGCAAUAAAGCUGAUCUGCCAUGUUCUCCCUUUCAUGUGGCAGCGUGGGUUGUGGGAAAGCAAACCUGUCGUUUGUUCUAUUUGCCACAUGACAUGAACGAAUUGUGCGGAAGCUGACUCAUUCUCUUUUCCACACGGUGGGGAUGGACUGCGGAAAAGCACAUUUGCCGGGCUUUCAUUUUUCUGCUACAUGGCAGGGGUAGAUUGUGGCAAAGCGGACCUGUCAUCUGCAAGCGCGCACCACUUGCGAGGCAUUCAGAGCGCGUCAGACCUUUUUCUCCGAUGUUCUCUCACAAACGAGAGUUCUGUUAUGGUCGUUACCAGUGUGGUGGGGUGUGUGGUCUGGGAUGCCAACUUGGACGAUAGAUUUCGGUGUCUGUCACUGCCAUGUCCAAAAAAAGCAUCGGUGUUGUGUUUUUACUAACUGCCUUGCACAGUGAACUUCUUCAUGUCUGGCAAGUGCCCAUUCUUUUUAUUGGGGCAUUUCAAAUGCCUAUGAAUUUUGUUGCAAAUGAUGAGCAACCUAAGAGAAAUUUGCUGUAAAAGAAGGCAUUUAGUAUGGAGGACUUGCGCAUACAAAGAACAACCUAACGCGCAUCAGGUGUCGACGACGACAUGCAGGUCAGACGACAUUCAGGUUAGCUGCCUUGCACAAUUGUUUGUGGCCUUUUGUAACCUUUCGGCAGUCAAAAAGUACUUGGUCUUUUGCGGAUGGAACAUGUUGUUCUAGCAUGAAGUGCCUGUUGAAAUGUUGUAUGUUUGUGCAGUUGCAAGUUGUCUGGUCAGUUUAAAUAAAAUAGUAGUGCAAAUCACGAGUUACUCAGUCAGUGGAGGCCGUCAGAAUAAGAGUAUUGUCAGAGUUGUUCUCAUGAGCUUCUGCUUUGUUGGGUGAUGCUCUGCUGAACAUUUGAUUUAUUUUUUACCAUGGAGAAUCUAUAUGAAGGUACUAAAGUGAUAAUUUUUAGCAAACCUGGAAGAUCUGUGAAGAUAAUAAAGUGAAUAUUUUCGGA